AUGGUUUAUGAGUAUAAAGGAGGUUGGAGUGUUCACCUGCCGGAUGCUUUAUGGGCCUACCGCACCUCUUCAAGAAGUGCCACAGGUUUCUCGCCUUAUUCGCUUGUGUAUGGGUCUGAUGCCAUUUCACCAGUAGAGAUUACCAUCCCCACUGCCAGAAUAGCAGCUGUUAACGACCUCGAAUGGGAUACAAAGUCAUGCUCGGAAUGCCGCCUGCUGGAACUUGAAGCUUUGGAUGAAAAAAGAGCGGAAGUCGAAAAGAAGACAGCGUUGUACCACAGAACCAUAGCUCAAGCCUGUAACAGGACAGUCAAGCCUCGCGCCUUCAAGCAAUGA